UGCUGCACUCUCACACACGCACUGCGAGUGAGUGAGCGAGCCAGUCUUUCUUCUGAAACCAUGUGCGAGUCCGCCUCCCUACUAGCUGCAGCCGGAGACCAAGACGGCCACCACCACCAGGGGGGAACCAAGGCAGCCGAGAUGAACACGGGUGGCCUGCUGGACCCUUCCCCGGCAGCCCUCGGCCCGACCCCUCUUCCCGCGACGUCUCCGGCGCUCGUGUUCUACGAAGACGAUUACCGGUACUACUACGAUGACGACAGUUGCCUCCAGGAGGACCAGGAGGGCGACCACGACGCCUAUCAACUCCUAGAGGACGAGGACGAAGACGUCGCCGCCACCGGGUCGCUUGCUGACAGGCUACGUGAUCUCGUCCGUCAGAGGCUGGCCGAGGUUAACGCCUCCAGCGCGGUCGUCGCGGGGCUCGGCCUCGUCGGGAGCGCCGUCGGCGCCUACUUCCUCUGGCCCGCGGCCGCCGCCACCGCAGCCGCCACCAUGCCAGUGGGAAAAAAAUUAUAUGAGACCAAGUCUCAUAUAAAUCAGGUGAGACCCGCCUUGAUGAAUGACAGGUGGCAUUCACCCCUGAUUUCAGCGCCCGGGGCCGCCGGUUUCCUCAUCUGCCGUGUGGCGUUUGAAGCCAACUCUAAGCUCUACUUCAAGAUCCUCCGCACUGCCGGAGCGGCAGCGGCUGCCGCCGCUUUCGCCGUGUAGUUGCAUGGGAGGGCUGGCCACGUACCUACUGCUUAGUUUCGUCCCACGCGCCCCGUUCGUGUGCUGGCCGUUUGCGUUGCUUAUAUAUCGCCAAUAAUGGAGCAGUCAGUUUGUCUUGAUGAUUAAGCGUCCGUGUGUAGUGGUUAUAUCUUUGAAUCGAUUGAUACUCUGGUUUAUCGAGUAGUACUCCAUCUCUACGUUUUCAGUGUGUGUAAGGUUGGAGCUAUACUAUCUGCGAUAAGCUAAAUCUUUGGUUUA